AUGAUUGGAUCGUCUUUUUCAGGCCCUUUCCAAUGCGGAAUAUGCAGGAAAAGUUACAAACACUCGAGGUCGCUGAGGAAACACGAAAGAUUCGAAUGCCAGAAGGAGCCGCAGUUCACUUGCAUGUUCUGUCCUUACAAAGCCAAGCUCAGAGGCAAUUUGAGGAAGCACAUAAUGGUCAAGCAUCGAGAAGAGUGGACGUCCGGGGUAGCGAAAAUUUAUGUGCAACGUAUCCAACAACAACCAUCUCCACCUCCACCUAACCAACAUCUAGAUUCCACAAGGAUUUACACUGAAUCUGAUCUACUAGACGUGAUGAAAUGUGUUCCCUUCCCAACUUUCAGUAUGAAAGGAGUGUUCAGUAAAAAAGUGAAUAGGAAUAAGCGAAAAGAAACCAAGAUAUACAAACCCCCUGGUAUAAAAGUGACGUACCAUCGGGACAGAAACAAGGAGCUGGUCAAAAUUUUGAGAUGUACGAAAUGUGGUGGUUUCAUCAAAAAGACUAAGAAAGAAUGCCUCAAAUGCUUACUUGGAAACAAACCAAAGUACAUGAAGAAAACACGAACAAAAUCUGAGAACGACCGGGCAGGUGAACAACCCAUAUCCUCAUUCCAAGUGGAUAUGUCAUCACCUAAAGCUACUGACUCAAAGACUCUGAUUCAACAAGAUAAAGUGAUAGUGACACCCAUGAAACCGCUGAUGAAAAAGCAUAAAAUAAUAGUUAGGUUGCGUCCUCUGAAUGAUCCAGAAGUAGUUCAAAACAAGCAGUUGCUACACAUAAAGACUACUGAGCCUAUGCGUAUUGAUGAAAAUAGAGAAUCUGAUAGUCAGAUCGUGAAUGAUUCACUCGAUUCUAAAUCAGUGUUCUUCGAUUAUUUGAACUUGAAUAAAAAAGCUGAGAAUAAUUGCGUACUGAUGAAUCAGGACACCAUAAAUGAGAAAUUGGAGUUGGCUCUUCAUGACGAACCACACUUGAAGGAUGAAGACAGUAUAUCCCAUUUCUUGAAUAACCCUAAUAUCGAAAUUGUGGAGGAUUGAAGAGGCUAAUUUUUCCCAGAACAUAGACAAAUCAUAGUUAAUAUACAGUGAAGCAUACCUCAGUUGUUUAUUGUUAGUUAUAAGUGUACAGUGCAUCCUAUUUCGGUUGAGACUGGCAGGUUUUUGCUUGGUCUCAAAGAUAGAACCUUGCGGUGGGGAUACACUAUACCGACAAGAUGACAUGUAUAUUCAUAUUCCGUUUGUCCAUCAUUUCUCACUCAUUUAUAUAGAGUAACAUGUGAAUAAAAAUAGCAUUCUCGAUAUUCA